CGAAACCACACCAAAAUAGAGCAAAACAAUAAAAUGAUUCUGCAGUUUCUCUUCAUUCCAUUUCUCACAUUCAUCACACUCUUCUUCCUAGUAAGAAACAAACGAAUAAGAAAGCCCGGGAAUCUCCCUCCCGGGCCACGAAAGCUCCCGAUCAUCGGGAACCUCCACCAGCUCGGCAAACUCCCCCACCGCUCCCUCCAAAAACUCUCCCAAACCCACGGCGAUCUCAUGUUCCUACACCUCGGAUUCACCCCGGUAUUAGUCGUCUCAUCAGCCGACAAAGCCCGUGAUAUCUUUAAAAACCACGACCUCGCCUUCUCGGGCCGGCCCGCUCUCUACGCAUUCGACAAAAUAUGCUACAACCUCUCCUGCGUCUCGACCGCACCGUAUGGAGCCUACUGGAGGGAGGCCCGCAGAAUCGUAGUUCUCGAGCUGAUGACGGCGAAGCGGGUCGAUUCGUUCCGCCACAUCCGGGCCAAGGAAGUGGGCCGGAUGAUCGACUUCAUUUCGGGCGCUGCUCCGGACCCGGUGGAUUUGAGCGCGGCGGUGUUUGAUAUGUCGAACAGCGUCGUCAGCCGCGCCGCGUUUGGGGCGGCGGGAGGCGGCUGCGGGAAGAGUUUCAAGGAGAUUUUUGGUGAGACGCAGAGGCUUGCGGCAGGGUUUAAUCUGGCGGAUUAUUUUCCGGGUUUGGGUUGGGUUAAUCGGGUCAAUGGUGUGGAUAGAAGAAUUGCGGAGAAUCGUCGAGAUUUAGAGGGGUUUUUUGAGAGGGUGAUCGGGGAGCAUCGUGAUCGGAUGGUGGAGGAUUCCAGUGAAGUUGAUAUCAUUGAUGUGUUGCUUCGAGUGCAGAAGGAAUCGGAGCUUACCGAUGAUCAGCUUAAGGCAGUGCUCGUGGAUAUAUUUGUUGCGGGAACCGACACUUCGGCGGCAACGAUCAUAUGGACGAUGACCGAACUCAUCAGGAACCCAACCGUCAUACGAAAAGCUCAACAACAAGUCCGAGAAAUCGCGAAAGGUAAACCCAUGGUGGAAGAAUCAGACCUCCAAAAACUCACAUACCUAAAGCAAGUCAUCAAGGAGUCAUUCCGGCUCCACCCACCGGCGCCACUGAUGAUUCCGCGAGAAACCAUCGAGCCAUGCGCCAUCGACGGUGGUAGGUACCACAUUCCCGCCAAAACAAGGGUUUUCUUCAACGUGGCAGCAAUGUCGACGGAUCCAUUAAUAUGGAAAAACCCUAGGGAAUUCUCUCCUGAGAGGUUUGAGGAUAGCGACGUCGAUUUUAGAGGGCAGCAUUUCGAGCUGCUGCCGUUUGGUGCUGGGAGGAGGGGGUGCCCCGGGAUCAACUUCUCAAUUCCGGUGGUGGAGCUGGCCGUGGCGAAUCUUUUGUUCCGAUUCGAUUGGAAGCUUCCAGAAGGAAUCUCAGCGAAGGAUAUUGAUAUGGAUGAAUCGAUUGGGAUUGUUAUGCAUAAGAAGACUCCUCUUUGCUUAAUAGCUUGCUCAGUGAGUAAUUAGACGUGGGGUACAUACAUUCAAAAAUAAUACCGAUGUUCUUGUAACACAGUAAUUUUCAUAAUAUAUUAUGUGCAAUUUCGACAUCGUUCUAGCUAA